AUGGUCAUACCUAUUCCAGGAGGUAUAGGAACGCCUUUGAUGGGUCCUCCACCAGCCAUCGUCGCCCAGAAGUUCAAGAUCAUCAAAGCCUGCAUUGUGAUUAUGAUCGUGUGCACCUGUGGUCAGCUUCUUGCAGGAGCACUGUUGGGGGAGCUUGGAGACGCGCUGCUGUCAUCCCUGAAUCUGAUUCUGAACACGUUCAUCGGUAUUUGGAUGCUGAAGGAUGACCCACUCAUCGGAAAGAUUUUCGACUUUCUGGCGAGGAGCUGCUGUGGGACAUGCGCAGAGCAAUGCCAGGGAGGCAUGACAUGCCUCAUGCCCUUCAUCAUUUGCAAUAUCAUCACGGUGUUGCUCCAGAUCAUCCUUUCGUCAGAAAUACAGCUCAUCAUCAAGGAUUUUAAGGUCAUGCUGAACUCGGUAUCAUUUUAUGAUGCAUUCCGUGUGUGGCUCCUGUUGGUGUCGACCGUGGGAGCGCUUCUGGCACAAAUCAUUGGAUCGAUCUACGGCUAUCUGGCAUACCGAGAGGUGCGGGAUUCUGGAGUUACGAUGUCGGGUGGAGACUGGAGCAGUGGUGGCACAGCCUACCCGCAGGCACGUGAGUCAAAUGAUGAGAGGGACUCGAGACCAGAUACCAUCAAGUGGCCGAGAGGGGCUGCUUCCCCGUUGAGAUGCCAGAACAGCGGCAUCACAGCUGACUUCGCUGCUUGGGCGGUCACAAGCCUUGUGCUGACCAUAGGCUUUAACGAUGUUCAAAAGAAUCCACAAGCUGUCUUCAUCGCCGACAACACGUGGCCCCGCGUCGCAUCAAAGGCUGAGUCCAGCUGCUGUUCAAACGCUAGCCAGGAUGGCAAAGAGGAGGAGGACGACGAUGACGAUGAGGAAGCGGCAAAGUUCGUUCAUCCUAUUGAUGAGGUUGGUGACCACAACUUAAACGAUGACGAGAAAGCCUGGAUUCAGCAGGACUCGGAUGAAGGCGACAUGAUCUUCCAGCUGGAGACUCUUCCUUCUCUGGACAAUGAUUGUGACGGAGAGGAGGAAGUUGCUGUUCCCGCCUGCUCCUUGUCCACCGCAGAUCUAGCUGGGCAAGCUCCAAAAAGCAGAGCGCAGAGGCUGGAGCUGCAAGCCCAAAAGUACGAGAGAGAGGCAGAAGAUGCCGAAGCAGAGGCUGCACAGUGGGCCCGAAGGGCAGAGAACGCCGCAACAGACGCCGGCACGGUGAAUGAGAAAGUCAUGACCGCCAUCCGCAAGCGUCCCGUGCUUGACUGGGUUCAAGCCGGUGGCCGUUUCAAGCGGCUCUUGAAGGAUCCUGCGCCCUCACAAGCUUCUGAGGUCGCUGGAGAGGCUGUCGCGCCGUACGUCAAGGCAGAGCUGUCGUACACGAAGUCUCAACUAGACUACACCAAAGCUGCAUCGGCAUGGAAAGCCGAGGCCAGCUCCACGGAGCAAGCCAUGAGAAAGCUGCAGGGCUACGCGGACCAAUACAGAAUGAGUGGAAGCAGCUCCGAGGCCGCGCUCUAUGCCAGGGAGGCCGAGACGCUGGCCAAGCGGGCCGAGGAUGCGCGAACGACCGCCGAGAAGUAUUCAACAGUCGCAGACCGGAUUACAAAGGCAAUUCCGACGUCUGAUCAAAAAGAUGGAAGGAAUGGCCGUGGGCAGAGCAGCCUUUCCCACAGCUUCAACCCCAAGAGGGCCGCUGCAAAUCACAUCUCGGUGCCUUUCAAGGAUGAGCUUCUUGGUCAACUGCGGCAAGCUCUGAAAGAUGGCAACUGGCUGCCGUUGACGGUACAGAUCUUAGAAUGUGCGCGAGCGGCAAGGGCCGUGCCGCGGAGUUCUGAUGCCAUCAGCGUGGUCCGGAACCUGUCUCGGCAAGAGACGUUGGAGUUCUCGAUUACGAAGUUCAUGAUCUGCAUGGAUCAGCGGAGUUGCGGUCCAUUCUCAGGAUGCAACAUGCUGGGACCGAAGGAACGCUAUCUGAGUGGUUAUCUGAUUGUGGUGCAAGUGAGGAGGCCUCCCUACGAUUUCCGGACUCCAGAGCAUCUAGCGCGAUUCUGCCUGCUCCAGCUUUCAGGCUUGACAGUCGUGGAGGUGGCAGAGCGGAGAGUGCCACUCGAGUUUUCAAAUUGCUGGCUCGGAGUGGACCCCGAUUCUCUACAGUUCGCCACGAAAGCUGGAUGCUCUUGGAGGAUGCAGAUGGACCAUGAGGAGGUGAGAAGAAAGGUGAAUGUCAAGGGCAUUAAAUCUUUCAAGCCGGAGAGAACAAAGUACGAGGAUCCGUUUCUCAUCAUUGGUGCUGGACAUAUCGGACUGCGACACGGCCUUUUCCUGCUGCAGAACGACCACCCAAAUUUCAUCAUCGUUGAUCGCAGAGACAAGGUCGGCGGAACUUCCUGGAUUUCACAGGCGAACAAGACCUCGAAGCUGCAAACCGAGCUUGGCACGUACCACUUGCAAUACGACGAGCAGAAUCCGGUACCCACGGACAUGGCAACCUGGCCCUCACGCGACGAGCUUCUGGAUCACUUUGCCAAGGUGUCGUCCGAAUACGGACUGAUGCCCUACAUUCAGCUGGAAACAAAUGUGAAAGCCAUCACCGUGAGCGGGAACAGCUGCGCACACGGACCCUUGGAAGUCAGCCUGGAAGCAACACAGAACUAUACGGGAGUUCUUCCCCCAGAGCCAACCGGGAAAGGUGUCAAGCAGCUGAGGGUCAGCAGCGUCUUCAUGUACCCAGGAAAUCUUUCUUUUCCUCGGCAAGAAACAUACCUCGGCGAGGACCUCUUUGGGGGCAUGAUCGAAUACGCGAUGUUCGAUACCAUCGAUUACGACCAGGCAGCCCGCGGAAAGGACGUCAUGAUCGCCGGUCAUGGAGCCUUUGGCGUGGAGAAUAUUCGGACUUGCUGCGAGUUCUCUGCCAAGCGGAUCUACAUGGUUUGCCGCAGGACGAACCUGGCCUGUCCACGCGUGAGCUCUUGGUUCUGCAACCAAUCACAUCCCGCCAUUCCCUGCUCCCUCUUCCUCGAAAGCAUGGAGCCGGCUUACAGGCUUAUUGGCUACGACCCGUGGUCAUACCACUCUGUCACUUACAAUGCUGCCCGAACGAGUGCACAAAUUAGUCAGAAAGCCAGAUUUGGCAUCGGCGAUGUGUACUUCUUGGCCCUCAGCAUGGGCAAGUGCGAAGUAAUCGUCGAUGAGGUGAAGAGACUCUCGGAAGGGCGCGUUCACCUCCAGUCCGGUCGAGAGUUGUCUGUACAGACGAUUCUCAAAGUGUUCGGUUUCGUCGGCGACCAGGAGGUUGACCGCCUCUUGAAAAUCAAGAGCAUGUACGGUUACUGGGCAGACGCAGAUAAUCGCCGCUUCACAGCAAGCGAGAAUCCAGGCGCGUGGUCUAUGCCAGCAAUUUCGGUGGCACUAGCUUGUCCCCCGGUCGUGGCCUCGGAUGGCAAAGUGUCCGAAGAGUUGCGGAAGUGGAAGAAGACGACCUGGGAGAGGAUGCAGGCGCAGACCAGGAUGACAGCAGAGAGGCUGCUGCUGAUCCUGCGUCGUCAAACGCCGAGAGUGAUACUGAUGGCGAAUAAGCUGACCAAGUGGGACAUGGACAUGCAAUCCUGUGGCUAUCUCUUACUUAGCUUGCCGCAUGGCUGUGCUCCAAGAGCAUGCCGUCUGCAAUCGUUAACGACGCCGUACAUUGCAGCCCUGGAGCGCUGUGGCUCUCAGAUGCUCUCAGACUCAGAGAAAGAUGACGAGGACGAUGACGAUGGAGACAGAGGAGGAGGCGGAGGUGCUUGGGGUGCUCAAUGGACCGCGCGGAAGGCCGCUGCGUCAUCCUUGGACAACAUGUCCCACAUGUUCAGGGGAAACAUCCUGGAGGUGACCCUGCCCCUGAUUCAACGAAAGUUGGAGGAUCAGAACUGGGAGGUUCAGGAGUCUGGUGUGCUGGCUUUGGGGGCAAUUGCGUUUGGCUGCAUGGAAGGACUGAUGCAGUUCAUGCCGAAAGUCAUGGAUCAUUUGCUUAAGCUUUGCCAAGCUCCGAAACCUCUCCUGAGAAGUAUUUCCUGCUGGACAGUGGCCCGAUUCUCUCAUUGGAUAUGCAAUGAACAUCUGAACCCACAGUCGCAGCAGGUUCUGAGAUCUGUGCUGCAGCAGCUCUUGCAGAGAGUUCUUGACAAGAACAAGCGGGUGCAGGAGGCUGCGUGCAGCGCCUUCGCCACCCUCGAAGAAACGGCACGGCUCCUUCUCGUGCCAUACCUGGACGACAUUGUACAGACACUUUCCAGGGCUUUCCAAAUGUACCAGGCCAAGAACCUGUUGAUCCUCUACGAUGCUGUGGGGACGUUGGCAGAUGCUGUAGGUCCGGAGCUGGACACGCAGAAGUACAAGCAACUAUUGCUUGAGCCAAUGUUCCAGAAGUUCCUUCACACCCCAGACCACGACAGAUCUUUAGUGGCCCUGUUCGAGUGCUUUUCAUCUUUGGCACAAAACUUGGGGCCAUCCUUCAUGCCGCUGUGCAAACCGCUGAUAGAAAGGUGUACCCGUCUCAUCCGCACUGGUGCACAAGCGGCUCAAAUGUGGAUGCAGAAUCCCAACGAAUUUGAAAAGCCUGACCGCGAGGUCAUGGCUGCAAGCAUCGACUUACUCUCCGGCAUUGUAGGCGGACUCCAAAGAAGAGUGUCCGAGGUCCUUGCACAGGAUAACUUCCUCGCUGUAGUGCCGGAAGUGCUUAAGGACAGCGCAUUACAGGUAAAGCAAAGUGCGUUCGCACUCGUGGGUGACUCUGCAAGACAUUGCAUCGAGCACCUUUCACCGUUCUUGCCGCAGCUACUGCCCCAAUGUGCAAAAGCUCUUCGGGAGAAUAACUCCGCGACGGUCAGCAACAACGCAUCCUGGGCCGUUGGAGAGAUUUGCAUCAAGGUCGGGCCCGACUACAUGGCGAAUUACCUGGAAGAUAUCGUCGAUGCGCUUGUGACUACGCUGAACAGGUGUACACAGCAAAGUAACAGGAUGCUGACGCAAAAUGUUUGCAUCACUUUGGGCCGCCUGGGUGUCGUCUGCGGACCUCAGAUGGGCAAGAGCUUCUCCCAGUUUGCGCGGAUCUGGUGCCUGGUCAUGAAGGAUGCUAGACACGAUGCUGAGAAAGUCAAUGCAUUCCAGGGUUUCUGCAACAUGGUGCAGGCCAACCCACAGGUUGCCCUCCAACACCCUGUAGAGUGUGCAGGUGCCAUUGCAUCGCUUGCCCCUGCUCCACAACAUCUUCAGCCGAACUUCCAGAACAUCCUCUCAAGUUACAAGCAGACCUUGGGAGCCAAUUGGGCAAAUGCCUGGAAGCAGAUGCCACAAGAUGUGCAGCACAAGCUUUCGCAUAUGUACGCCGGGAUAGAGCCUUCGUCCUAG